GGUAGGCAUGGCGGCAAAACGGGAAGCAGCCGGUCAAGUCGCGUUUGGGAGCUGCCAGCAGCGUCUGAUGUUCCCAGCCCACUGUGCCCCCAAUCGCUUGGGGAACGAGAUGCUGGCAGUGAAAGGAUCCCCAGAGCGCGGCCCUGGCUGCUAUGACAACCAUGUGAUUGGCACUGUCUUGUAUGACAUUCAGAAAAGACCAGAGAGCAAGAAGGGCUAUGUUUUAGCAGCAAGAACUGCAACACGCUUUCGACCUCCUGCACAGACAUUGACUCCCUCACCACAGAAGUACCAGCCUAACUGGGCCGUGUCCUAUACAGAACCUCCAGGGAAAACGCCUUUCAACUCCACCAUGGCCAGAUUAUCUGUCCAGCAGAUCAGUACCGGCUUAAACCCAGGCCCAGGGACGUACGCUCACGACACCAGCGCCUGCAGGAAGGUGUCCUGGCCCAUGAAGUUUGGCUCCCCAGACUGGAAGCGAGUGCCUCAGCUGGAGAAGAAGGCACUGAGAACAGAGCUUCAAUGUGACAAGGAGUUCCUGAAGCAGAGGAACAGGGUAGCAUACCUCAAAUUAUACUACCCCUGAGUCAGCAACACAUCAGCAGCUGAAAUAAGUAUUCUACUUGGAUUUAGACCUGCCUGCACGUCUACCUCCUACUUUUAACCCCAAAUAUA